AUGCCGCUUGGCGCGCACGAUCAGCUGAGCGUCGGCAGGGGCGCUCCCAGGCACACAGAGUAUACCCUGGAGAGUUUUGUGGAGAAGCGCGAGACAAAGUGGAAGUUUGAGCCGUUCUCGGGAAACGGUCUUCCGGCCGGCGGGGGCCCGGCGCCUCAGCCGUGGGAGAUUCCGCUCACACCGGGGGCGCUGUUCAAGGACGAGAAAAAGGUACUACAGGUGCCGAACACUCAGACGCUGAGGCCCUGUCACGACUGCCAGGCCCACGGGGAUGUGCGCUGCAAGCACUGCGCCGGCAGGGGGCAGGACCGGUGCGGCCAGUGCGGCGGCAGCGGCCAGCGGCUGGGUGACGUCUGCAGCCGCUGCGGCGGCAUCGGCACCAACAAGUGCACCUGGUGCGUCGGCAACGGCAUGGUCACCUGCACCACCUGCAAGGGCAAGCGCAACCUCAAGUACUACGUCGAGAUGACUGUCACCUGGAAGGUGCACGCUGACCGGUACGUGGUGGAGACUCCGGCCGGCCUGCCCGACUCGGAGGUCGCAGCCGUCAGUGGGGAGACCGUCUGCCAAGCCAAGGCGCACCUGGUCUGGCCACUGACCGGCUUCCCCGACAGCCGGAUCGUGACGGCCUCCGAGCACCUGCGCCACGACGUGCAACAGAUCGCGAUACACAGCGUCUCCUACAACUACGGCGGCAACGAGGGCACCUUCUUCGUCUGCGGCCACGAGCGGAACGUCCACUUUCCCGACUACCCGUCUCAGUGCUGCGGCUGCUGCGCAGUUAUGUGA